AAGGUAUCCAAAUUUAUUGACAAAUAAUUACAAAUAAUUACAAAUAAUGACAGAUUUAUAUUUGACAAGUGACAAAUUCUGAUAUUUUUUACAUUUUUUACUUUUUAGUUUAGACCUGAAUAAAACAUUGUUAUUGCAUUUUAUAUUAAUUUAUCGAAUGCCUGGAAGUGUAUCAAAAAGUCUAUUUUGUAGACAGAGACUCUAAUGAAGACACCUCGAAAGAAAACAGGCGACAUGCGGAAAUAUUAUCAACUGUUACUCAUCGUCGGAUGUUUUAUAAGUGUUGUCACUUUACUGAUAUACAGGCAUGAAUAUUACCGGCUUCGGUAUGUGCUGGAGGUGCUGAACUUCUUCGGGAAACCUGGUCUAUCAGCGGUGGAAUUCUGCGGGCCCGGAUUCAAUGCGACCAUGCUGUCCGAAAUACUCCGAAAUACCUCUAUGGAGGUGCGAGAGACACCGCCGCUGUUCCAACAAAUAGAUGAGAACUUCUACUCAUACUCGUCAUUCUUACGUUCAUACCAGAAAUACGACAAAUUAACUCAAUCCCACGCGCAUUCCGUCGACACUAUCGUGAUCGGCAAAACGCAGGUUCGGCCGAAUUUUCGAUGUAACAUUUGGCUUGAGGACUCGAAUAAACCUAAAGCUGGACGAUUCUCCUUCAAAAUGAUCUCAGACUCGACUGGUGAAUAUCAAUUGUAUGUAUUUAAGUGUAUAUUGAGCAAAAACCUUGGGAAGCCUAUUGGAGUAAGCUUCUAUAUGAAUGACUAUACUGUAAAUCCUAUAAACGCGCCAAUUAACCGACUUAUAGAGGUAAACACAAAGAGAGUAAUGCGUGAAAGUGGUAGCGUUAAAUUUGUCAAUAAUAUCGAGCCAGCCAUCUGUGUGAUACCAAACCAAGUGCCUCUAGUCUCAAGAGAUGCCUUCAUAGAAUUUCUUGUGUUCCACCACAUGAUGGGUGUUGAUUACUACACAAUAUAUGACAGCAUGAUAUCAGAAGACAUCAUUAGAAGACUGAACUUGCUACCGUCAGACAUAACACAAUGGAGAAUACAGUUCUUCCCUCUGAACUUUCCAUUUAUAUUUUCAAAAUCUUACAAUAUAGUCAGACAAGCUGUAGAACUUGAUUGUUUGUUCCGACACUUCAGACUAGACAAAGAAGAGACAAACAAAGCUAGUCAUGUCGUGGUCAUGUCUUGGGAUGAGUUUUUAGUCCCCAGAGUGCAUGGUAAUGUGAAGGAAGUUGUUGAUGACUUAGAUCCUACUAGAAAACUAGCAUCUCUUGAAGUCACACAGCUAUUGUUCUGUUUAAAUCAAGAAGACGACAGUGAUGUGGAAGAUGGUUAUCCAGAUAUAAUUAAAAAGACACAUUACUACAUGCUUAAACAAGAUACAAAGCCAGUAUUUAUUAGGAAUUUAGAUUCAAUGACAACUUUUGAUGAUAUAUUAGAUUUUAGGUCGAAUAAGAAUAUAUCAUUAGAUAUACUCGGAGCACAUAAGUAUACGGAAUGUAGGGACCCAAAAGUUUACCGUACGAAUGGGGAAGGGUACAAUAUGACACAGAUGAAUGUGUUCCAACAUAAGUUUGAAGGUGCCAUGACACGAUUUAGACAACAGUUAGUUAGUAAUAAAAUAUACAGGUUGUAUCGAUCCGGACAGAUUUGGGAGAAGAAUUCGCAAGAGCUUGUUAGAGAUUUAUAAUUGUUUACUAUGUUUUCGAAUGUUUAUUAAGGGGAGAGGAAUUGUUAGCUUUAAAGAGGAAAAUAUUGAUUUUUUAUUUGUAGCAUCCAAGGAAACUUUAUAAUUGCAUAAUGUUUAUGUGCACAUAAAUUAAAUAUACAAUAGUUUACUGAAAUUAAGAUGGUCGGAUUGUCUGGAACUUGUAAAGCAAAAGUGAAUUGUGAGAUAUUUAAUAGAAAUAAGACUGUAGGACAGGGAUGGCGAACCUUUAAUGGUUUACGUGCCAUUAUUUAUAAAAAAAAAAUAUGGCCUGCAAUGACAUGCAGGACUGUAUUUAUCUAUCCAAGUGCCCCUCUGAGUGCCUUUUAUGAUCCAACUAUGUUUUUGUUUUUAUUUUUAUUUGGGUCUCAGCAAAGCGGCUCCACUGAUGUUAAGCAAAGUCAACCCCAAAAUAAGUUGCAUAUACAAUGUUUGGUAUAGUACUCGUGUGACCAAAUUAUUUUGUCACGUACCACCACUGGCAGUGCCAUUAGUUCGCCAUCCCUGCUGUAGGCGAUAGAUAAGUCAAUUUAAAUAGUUAGUCUACAGCCCCAUCAAAUGGGAAUAGCAUUACACCUUAUAUUUAUAAAACUCCAAAAAUCUGUAGUCUGACUAUAGCAAUAAGGCUUGUAUUGCCUGUCUUUGCUCAUCUAUCCAUUUUAAUAGUUCUUCCUGGCAUAAAUGUAUUGCCCAUUUCUAUACACACUGCCUUUUUAUGAAUAAAGACUUCAAUAUUGAUAUUAUACCUAUAUACAUUUGUGUAGGUAAUUAUAAGAACUUAUUGGCAAAAAAGGAACAAGGGACAUUAGCAAAAGUAUUGUAGCAGAAUUUUUUGAACAUGGUUUCAAAUUUAUAUUAUUAAAAUCAGGGGCCCCUUUCCGUCUAUGGGGACGAGUCCGUCUUUUUCCAUUUACGAGCAUUCUAUUCGAAGGACAGCUUCGUUAGCGGCAUAGGUAAGAGUCAAGAAAUGCCCUAUUUACUCAUACAGCCAUCAAAGUUGUCCUUCGAUUAAAAUGCUUGUGAUUGCAAAAAGGAUAUACCCCCAUAUAGGGCCCCUGCCUUAAUCUAUUGUUUUUAUUUCUAAUACAAAAUUUUUAGAAUUAUAAGUUUUCAGUUAAAACAAUAUUCAUUAAUCAAUUAAAUAAUAAUAUUACUAUGUUCUUAGUUUAUGAUUGUGCUUAUUUAUUAGAAACAUUUUUAUUAUGAAGGUUGAUGCCAUGUUAUCACUUAGCUUCCAUUUUGUAUACUCAAUAUGCACUUAUUAAUAUGAGUACUGAGGUUUAGACAUGUAGUGUAGUACAUUACAUAUGAUAUUUAAUUUACAUGCGCGUACGCUAUGUUCGUUUAAUAUGAUUGCUUUUUCUGUUCUGUUUGAUGCUAUGCUGUAUUGGUGUCUCUACCCAGGCUUAUUCUCGAUAUGAGUGAUCGAAAUACAGUUAUAUUCUUAUGUUUAUAUGAUUCUUAUUUUUUUCACAGAUGGUUGUAUAAUUGGUUGAUUGUUGUAAAUUGUGCCUUUAAAAUAAGGUGCAUAUUUAUUUAUUACAUACUUUCGAAGACUGCUGUAUUAUAAUGUUGUUUCUAUACUUCCAUUUUGUUGUGGAUACGAAAUUGUCCAUGAAUAAGCUUGUUUUUAAUUAUAAGUAAAUAAAUGACUUUUUGUACGCAAA